AUCCACGCCUUCUCCAUCGCCUCUCUUCGAAGCUCGCCCUUCUCUUCCUCUCUCUUCUCUCUCUCUCUCUCUCUCUCAGGGCUCUCUGAAACCCUAGAACAGCGGAGGGAGCCUGCUUCGAUUGCCCAGAGAGUUUGGACGAGGACGGGAAGGCAUCCAUGUCGUCGUCCGCGAACCUAUGGGUGUUGCUCGGCCUCGGCUUGGCUGGGAUAGUCAUGAUGACCCGGCGGCUGAAGCGUGCCAUCAAGGAGGAUUUCGGGGCUUUCAUAGAGCGCUUUGAGCUCCUCCCUCCGGCUCCGCCUCCGCCUCCCAAAGCUCCCCACCCAUUGACCGGCCUCACAUUUGCUGUUGCUGAUAUAUUUGAUAUCAAUGGUUAUGUCACUGGCUUUGGUAAUCAAGACUGGAUGAGGACACAUGAGCCUGCAGAAUGGACGUCCCCUGUUGUUUCAUCUCUGAUAGAAGCUGGUGCUACUUGUGUUGGAAAAACUGUCAUUGAUGAAAUGGGAUAUGGUAUCACGGGUGAAAACAAACAUUUUGAUACCCCUACAAAUCCUGUUGCUCAUGAUCGAAUACCUGGAGGAUCUUCAAGCGGGUCAGGUGUGGCUGUUGCUGGUGGCUUAGUAGACUUCUCUUUAGGUGUUGAUACCAUUGGCGGUGUAAGAAUACCUGCAGCAUUUUGUGGCAUUUUGGGAUUCCGUCCUUCACAUGAGUCUGUCUCUAGCACUGGCAUAAUACCAGUUUCACCAAGUAUUGACACGACAGGGUGGUUUGCCAAGGAUCCAAGUAUCGUACGUCGUGUGGGGCAUGUGUUACUGCGACUUCCAUAUGCUAAUAUGUGCCAACCCAGACGUGUUAUUAUAGCAGAUGACUGCUUUCAACUAUCAAAGAUCCCUGCCAACAGGAUCAUCCGAGUGGUGACCAAAUCCACAGAGAAGCUGUUUGGAAGGCAAGUUAUAAACCAUAUUAAACUUGCUGAUCAUCUGGCCUCGAUGGUUCCCAGCCUCAAACAACUUCUAAAGCUAAACGGUAAUGGUGAUAUGAAAACUUCCUCGCUCAAAUCACUCGCUGAUGCCAUGAAAUUGCUUCAUAGCCUUGAAUUUAAAGACAAGCAUGCAGAAUGGAUUAAUUGCAAUAAGACUACGGUUGGCUCUUGUAUAUCCGCACAACUAGAUGCUUCAUUGAAUGCUAAUGAUAGACAUAUUGAUCACUGUCAUUCUGUGAGAAAUGAAGUCCGAUCAGCUAUGAAUGCUCUUUUGAAGGACGAUGGAAUUCUUGUUCUUCCUUCCAUCCCUCAACCGCCUUCAAAACUCAAUUCAAAGGAAGUUCUUUCUGAGGAUUAUCAAACUCGUUUUUUUAGUUUGCUGGCUAUUGCUAGCAUGUCUGGUUGUUGUCAGGUAGCUAUACCACUAGGAUUCCACGAGAAAUCUCCCGUGUCGGUCUCUUUCAUUGCAAGGCAUGGAGGUGACCGCCUUUUGCUUGACACCAUAGAGGCUGCUUAUGCUACACUCCAAGAACAGGCGGACAUCGUGACAAAAUCCAACCUUUCCAGUAGUAGGGAAGAGUUGGCUGAAAUGGCUAAAGAGAAGGGUAAUACUGCUUUCAAAGAGAAGCAAUGGCAGAAAGCAAUCGGUUUCUACUCUGAGGCAAUCAAACUUAAUGGAAAUAGCGCCACGUACUACAGUAACAGGGCUGCAGCAUAUCUGGAAGUCGGAAGUUAUCUACAAGCUGAAACUGAUUGCACUGCUGCUAUUAGUCUUGAUAAAAAGAAUGUUAAAGCUUAUCUGCGGAGAGGGACUGCCAGGGAAAUGCUGGGCUACUACAAAGAAGCUAUUGAAGAUUUCAAGUAUGCCCUUGUUCUGGAGCCUACCAACAAAACUGCGAAUCUUGCAUGUAAUCGCCUAAAGAAAUUAUUUCAAUAGAUACCGAGACAUUCAGCAAGUUACCAGCAGAAGUUAAAUUUCGCGAUCAAGAAACUUCAGCCCAGGAGGUGACAUCUUCUAGAUCAGAGGUAGGAGAAGAAGCAUCACCAUUCAAAAGACAAAAAGUCUCUAGUGUUGGAGAUAGAGGAGCUCAAUUGAGAGAGAAUCAAAAUUCAUUCACAGUGCUAGUGGUUAUAUUAUUAUUGACUUCGCAUACCUUUCCGCACAAUAGCAUUGUAAUCAUAUCCCAAUUUUGGCAAAAACAUCUCUUAUUAGAUUUCUACCAAAUUAAUGUGUAUCAUAUUGACUCAGUAUUCCUACUCAAAACUUUUCUCAUCAGUUAAUAUGCUAUUUUGCUGGUACUCAAUUGCAACAGAGAAAACAACUUAAUUGA